CUCGAAUGAGUCGUUAAGAGGCAGAACUUUCUUAGCUUUGAAGUGCUACCAGUGCUUUAGGAAACCAACGGAUUAUGGAAUCUCUUAUGGAUAAAUAUUCCCUAAGUAACACUUCUUUUAAUGGAACUUUAAAUGAAACAUUAUUGCGUGCAUUGUUAGAGGAUCAUUUCCUAGAUCACAAGGAUAAAGACGAAAGUGUUGCUCUGGGAUUAGUGAUUUUAUAUGUUCCAACAUUUUUAGCAGGAUUUGUUGGCAAUAGUUUAUUAGCGAUUGUCAUAUUGGCUCGAAGGAGGUUUAGGAAUGUUACUAAUUUUUUACUCUGUAACCUGGCAAUGGCAGACCUUUCAGUAACGAUUAUAUGUAUCCCUGUUGCGGUCGGUCAAGCCUUGUAUAGAAUAUGGCUGUAUGGAGAGUUCAUGUGUAAAAUGACGGGAUUUCUGCAAGGUGUCACGGUUGCUGCGAGCGUGUUCACUAUUGCUCUUCUUAGUAUAGACCGAUAUUUAGCCAUCCGACACCCGAUGCUUUUCCGCCGUCUAAGUACGAACGCAGUUGCCAUUAAACUUAUUCUUAUUGUUUGGUUGCUCUCUAUAGCAUUGAUGGUGCCACUUAUUAUUGUGAGAGAAAUAUCUGUAAUGGAUAUAAUACCUACAGAACCUGUUUACUUUUGUGGUGAACAUUGGACUGACGAUGCCCAACGUCAACAUUAUGAUUUGGCGCUGUUUGCGAUCGUUUACAUAAUACCUGGUUGUAUUAUCUGUACAUGUUAUGGACUAAUUGGAAGCGAACUUUUUAAUGAAAACAAGGAUUUAAAAAGGACUGAAUCCGCUACUAGCCAAGUUAUGGCUAAACAAAUGAUGAAGGGCAGAAAACGUGUUGCAAAAAUGCUGAUAGCUUUAGCAGUGUUGUUUGCCAUAUGUUGGUUACCUUAUUACUGUGUUAGUCUAUAUUUGGACUUCUACCCUGAACAAACUCAAUUGCUUGUAGCUUUGCCUUACACUAUAUUCCUUGGACAUUCAAAUAGUGCCUUAAAUCCAAUUCUAUACUUCUACUCAAGCAAAAGCUUCCGCUGUGUUCUAUUGAGGAUGUUUAAAUGUAGACGUAGAAGAUUUAAACCCGCCAGACAGGAGAAUAUGAUUGUAAGGUGUACAAGAAAUAAUCCAAACACAACGACGGCAUUAACCAGACGACCGUUUGUACGAAUGUUGUCUAACACAAAACCUGCAUCAAGAUUUUCACGAUCCAGUAACAACAGUCUUAAAUCCACAUCAGGAUCGAAUCGAACAAGUUUUAAGUCAACAACAUCGACGAGAACGUCAAAUAGGAAUAACGAUUUUUUCAAUCACCAAAGAAAUUAUAAAGACAUGUUUCGAAAGGAGCUUAUAAAUGAUCAAAUACAUGAAAAGAAAUCACCUGUGAUAAGGCACUGUCAUGAGGUAUUGAUUAAUCAGCCAACAUUUCAAAACCAAACAUCUGAUACUGAUAAACCGUAUCACAAGAAAUCAUUCAUGGAAGCGACCAUAAGCAUUCCCACUACGAUUAAUGAAGAGAGUAGCAGAAUGAAUUCUAUUGUUCCCAUGUCUAAAUUAACACCAGCACCGAGCAUGGAAGCAAUAAACGAGGAGUCAUCUUCUACGACCAAUACACAACAUGACAAGAAUAAAAUUGAAAUGUUAACAUUUGCUAUCAUAAGUAAUACAAAAUCUGGAGAUGAUAGCUCUCUUACCGCAGUUAAGGAUUUGACCGACCAAGAUAAUGCGCAAAUAUGUUUUGAAACUCCAGCUGGUAUAAACGUCACAAUAUGUACAGAAUGAUUUCAUCUCUCUCAUUGCUCAUUCAUUAAUUAAAAAAUUCCAGUUUCAAUCAUUCAACCAUUAUAUAAGUUUAAAGAAUGAAAUUAUUAUUAUGUUGUUUUGAUUAUUUGAAAGCAACUGUUGUUUUGAUUUUGUAUUGUGAUAAAUGUUAUAAAAAUUCGUUAUAACAGCAUACUAUCAAUGAGUCUUUCUUUUACUGAAGAACACUUCUACACAAAAAAGUAUUACAGAACCUUUAAUACAGAAAAGGAUUUCUGAACUUGAUUACUUCACCAGCGAUGUAACUAAAUUGCUGCAGAAAUUAUAUGUUUACAUAUUUACCUGCAAAUUAAUUAAAACAACAAAAGGGAGUUUCAAAUUUGAAAAUUCCGGAUUAAUCUUAAAUAUGAAUGGCAGUUAACGAUAUACAUGUAGGGCAUACUAUUUCAAUUUUCAAAACGUGUCACCAUGUAGAACACGUGCUAUUUUGAAUAUUGUACCAUCAUUUAUUGUUUGUACAUUGAAAAUGUUGAUUAUGUUUUGGCUGUAAUAGAAGUUGAAACAACUUUAAGCAUCAACGAGAGUCCGAUGUACAGACACUUUAACAUUUCAAGCAAGUGUUCUGGAAUAAAACGUUGUAGAGAUGACAUUUGGUCAAAAAAUGCGAACUCUCUUUCUCUCUUUAUCUAUUGUUGACAUAAACUCUUAAGAAUCGAGUGUUUAAUAUGUUUAAAAAAAACAAGAAAAAAUAAACCUGUAUCGUGAAUAAUAGAAUGAAAUAACACUUAUUUAAAGUUUUAAAUCAACCAUUUGUUACUGUGACGUUUUAUGGCACACCAA